AUGAAGUUGUCAUCUGUUUAUGAUUAUGAUAACCAGAAGGGUUCUCAAGAAAGUCUAUUCGGCCUAACAAUUACAAAUGCUUUAAUACCAUUAGACAUCUUCCUUGAGAAGGACGGUGUCGUUCGCCACAUCAGUGAAGUUGAAGAUUUUUCGUACCCUGCAAUAUAUGCGAGAAACAAUGAUAAAUCUCCUCCGAGCGAUAACCCCAAUACCAGCGGCAGUUCCAGUACAACACAUACUACGUAUACAGAAACUAAUACUAAUACCACUCCAUUUCCCUCAACUACAUCGUCUCCGCUUUCUCCGAGUAGUAACCCAUCCCCAGACAAUAACCCCAGCACAUCCGGCGAUACUAUUCCAACACCUCCUCCCGGAAGUAUCCCUCCCAACAUAACACCUUCAUCACCAAACGGUUCUCCCAAUUCGCCCUCAUCACCAAACAAUUCUCCCCUUUCGUCUUCAUCACCAAACGAUUCUCCCCUUUCGUCUUCACUGCCGUCUCUUAAUACAUCACCAUCCCCUUCGGCCUCGUCUCCAUCUACACCAUCAAUAUCACCGCAAUCCUCCCCACCAUCUACGGUCUCACUCCAGAGCCCAACCGCAAGACCAUAUCUGAUUGCUGCAAUUCCCGUUGUAUUUGCCGCCCUAAUUAUUGCAAUCGGGCUGCUCUUCCUUCGUCGUCGCCGUAAAGCAAACAAUGCUAACCGACAAUCGAAUGCGCCAUAUAUGGGAGAAUUGGCUGCUUUGUCCACGCCGACGGACAGUAAUCGUGGCAAUCUUCGAUCGUUCUUUGGUCGGCGUGAACGAAACAGUCAAGCAUUUUUAACAGUUGGAGCAUUUUCAAGAAACAAUCGCGGAGACGUAGCAAGUAGUGACAGCGGAAGGAUGAGCGAAAGCAUAGUGCAAAGCGAAGAGGGUGACGGUAGUAACAGUUACGUUUCUGACGGGAGUAGAAGCGACUAUAGAUAUGAUCCUUCGUUUACGCAAUUCGUGUGCUAG